AAAGUCCCCCCCUUUCACAGAAAGCACUGAAAUCAGAUGUUGGUUAGCUGCUUCACUGAAGCGAUGGAUGUGUGUUGAUCUGUCGGUAUUUUGAGUCACUGAGCCUCAAUAACCGGACGGACUCUUGUACGCAUGUGAUUCACUAUGCCGCCUCGCAAGAAGGAGUACGGGAUUAAACGAGCGAGCGGACCCCUGGUCCACUUCAGACCGUCCGUGAGCGCGACCACCGUUCGCAGACACUCCGCCGUCGUUCCUUCGGUGCUGACGUUCGCCGUGAUCGUGGCAUCCGGAGGCCUGUUGCUCAUGAUAGAGAAGGGAAUGCUGAACAGCGUGCAGACUCCGCCGCCUCGCGCCAACGGGAAGAAAGUGGAAUACCGAGCGAGGAGCAGCGACGCGGUUGUGGACGUGGAGUCUCAGAUUGUACAAGAGAUCCGCAAUCGCACCAUAAGAUCGAUGUGUGGUCAGAAGAACAUGCCUCACAGCGUGUGGUCUCUCAGUCCGCUGCAGAGGAAGACUCUCCUCCAGCACAUACUAGUGAACGACGAGCAUCACUUCCUGUACUGCUACAUCCCCAAAGUGGCCUGUUCCAACUGGAAGCGAGUGCUGAAGGUACUGAGCGGCGCUCUGGCCAACGUAGACGUCAAAGUGAAGAUGGACCAUCGUGCUGAUUUGGUCUUUCUUUCUGACUUUCCGCCCGAAGAGAUUCGCCAUCGACUACGGCAUUAUUUUAAAUUCAUGUUCGUGCGAGAGCCGAUGGCACGCUUGCUUUCAGCCUAUCGCAACAAGUUUGGCGAAAUUGAGGCGUAUCAGCGGAAAUACGGUGCGGAGAUCAUACGCCGCUAUAGAAAAGGCUACGCAAAGGAUAAAAAAAUAGCAGGAAAUGACGUGACCUUCACAGAGUUUGUGCGUUAUUUGAUCGAUGAAGACCCGGAGCGGAUGAACGAACACUGGAUGCCCAUUUACAACCUGUGCCAACCCUGCGCCAUAGAAUAUGACUUCAUUGGCUCGUACGAAAGGCUGGAGAGUGACGCCAAUUACGUUCUGGAACGUGUCGGAGCGCCGCAACACGUGCGUUUCCCAGAACGCCAGACGUGGUACAAACCCGUUACCAAAGAAACGCUGCAUUAUUACUUAUGCACUGUGCCACAGAAGUUUCUCAAAGAGCUCCUGCCCAAGUAUAUUUUGGACUUCUCUCUGUUCGGCUAUGCUUUACCCAACACAACCACUGAAUAA